AUGAGCAGAGUAGAUCUGUCUCCGAAGUGUCGAGAACAGACCGCGAGGAGGAGGAGGAAGAGGAGGAGGGAGGAGGAAGAGGAGGGAGGAGAAAGAGGAGGGAGGAGGAAGAGGAGGAGGGAGGAGGAAGAGGAGGAGGGAGGAGGAAGAGGAGGGAGGAGAAAGAGGAGGGAGGAGGAAGAGGGUUGUUUACUUUACUUUGUGCUUGAAGUAAAGUAA